AUGGCAAACCCAUCUUUCGAAAUAUGUCCAGACUUCGAUGGACCAGCGUACGCAAAUAUAUGCGACGACAUCCGGAGAGCCACCGGACAGACCCAAGAAGAAGUCAUUGUUCGCCUAACCCAAUCCUGGACCGACGGACACAACGAGAGAGUCGAUGAGUGGAACCAAAAUAGGGAGCAGGAAGCAGCCCAGGUUGCCGAAGCUGAACAAGCUCGAGCGGCCCAAGAGGAAGAAGUUCGCUUACAGCGGGAAGCUGAAGCAGAGAAAGAGAAAAUUGAAGCAGAGAAAAAGAAACCGAAAAUGAACGGUUUCAACGAAGCGUCUUCAGUAGGAGAUUCCAUUGCACCGCGCCCAUCCCAAUACGCGAUUCAAAAACUCAAUAAUUUUGACUAUGUAGAACUCUGGUAUUUUUCCCCAGAAGGCUGCAAGGAAGCCCUUCGCACAGCUCGGUCUGUUGCAGAUGACUUCGGCCUCACCAGGGUUGAUGAUCAACUGACAAUACGCCCGGCAUACGCCUUCAAAGCUUCAAAAUCAGCCAUUGCGGACCACGACCUCCCUUUCCCGACUUUCCUACGUGCAAAGAACCUUUUCUUAAUGCAACUUAGCAAAGUGAAGUGGCCACAAAGCCACAUCGACGCCCUAUCUCUUUUCUUCUGGCACCUCAAGAACCACCCCAUUCGCAACAACAGUGAAAUCGGCGACAUGGUUACUCUCCAUUAUGCCUUGCGUGUCCGCCAGGACUGGCAUGACCGUCUCAAACACGACGAAGGCUUCAACAUUGCCAUCAUCAAUGAGACCCUUCUCCGUGCAAUCAACGAGGAACUCUGGGAUAAGAUCCGUUCCAGAACAUUAUCUGCGGUACGUUUCCAUUUAAACUUACUCACAACGUAUCGCUCACAAAGUUUAUCAUAUUAUAUAUACUGCAAACUCCUCUUGCAAACACCAAUGAAUCCUUCCCGCACCCUUGCUCACGCAGAUGCCCACAUUUCCUUGUGGAUGCCCACAAUCCUAUCUACGUGGAUGCCCGUAACCCUGCUUACACGUAUUGGCGCACAUGACGUGCACGUGAGCGAUACGAACACGGCUUGCGGAGUUGAGAGGUUGGAAUACCAACCACGGACGACGUAUAUAUAUCUUACCAGUCAUCGUUCCCCCCUUUCCCUCAGUCCGUUACAUCUGACUGAGGAGACUGAUACUGUCUAG